CGUCCUUUUUUUUCAAACCUUCUUACUCUAUCAUCUUCUUCUGAUUCUUUCGCAGUGGGGAGAAGAAAGAGGAAGGCACCACGCAUCCCCACCCACCUACCUCGCGUAAUUUGCAGGCAGACUUUGCGAAAGAAGAAGAAGAAGAAAUAGUAAAAUACUAAACCUAUGUUGAAUUUGAAUAGUUUUUCCUUUUGUGUGGCUUCCAUUAUAUGGGCAUCCCUUCACUGGUGGGAUGGUGAUGCUGCAGCCUGAACUGGCUUUGGGCUUCCUGGGUUAGGGUUAAGGGGUUUGAAGCCCUUUCAAUUUGAGAGAGAGAGAGAGAUGGGGGCUUGUGCUUCGAAGGAGAGAUCGUGUGUUGGGCAUCGAAGAAGGAAGAAGAUCGUGAGGACAAGACUCUCUUUGAAGAUCGGCCAGGAUCACAGGGAUUUAGUAGAUAAGAGUGAUGGCUCUGGUUCUUUGGCCGUUGCUCUUCCAAAUCAUGGGAGUGUUGAAGAGGCUUGGUUUGACUGUGUCACAGUGUUAGAAUCUGACUGUGAUGAUGAUUUUCUGAGUGUUCAAGGAGAUUUUUCAUCUUCACAGAGCCUCGAAAAAACACCAAGGUUCAGUAUUUCCUCUGUGGAAGACCUUAUGUUAAACCAAGAAAAUCUGAUUGGAAAUGCGUCAGCAGUGUCUACUGCUUACAAGGGAACAAAACAAGCUCCAUCGGCAAAUUCAUCGUGUGGUGAUGCUACGUUCCAGUCCAUGGUUCCUGGCAGUGGUGAUGUUGUGCAUUCUAAAUCUGAUGGUCUUGGAUCUGAUAUUAGGCCUUCAGAAAUUCAUGGUGAAAACCCUACACAAUCAGUCGAUGAAACUACAGCGAGGGAGGAUGGUAAAGCAUUAGACAACUGUGGGAUGCUGUCAAACAAGUCCUGCUUGCCUUGUCUAAUUCCAAUAGAUGCCACUGAAAAGAGGAGGACUCUGAGUCCUGGCCCACCUGCUUCAAGGAAAAGAGGAGCAUUGAAACUUUCUUUUAAAUGGAAGUCAAUGGAGGGACAUACUAGUCCCAGGCUAUUGUCCUCAAAAAGUUUUGUGGAUAGACCAAUUGCUGGUUCACAAGUUCAAUUCUGCCCAUUAGAGAAAGGAAUGCUUGAUAGCUGGUCCCCCCUUGAACCUAGUAUGUUCAAGGUUCGAGGGCAUAACUAUCUCAGGGAUAAAAAGAAAGAACCCGCUUCAAAUUAUGCAGCAUUUUAUCCAUUUGGCGUUGAUGUCUUCUUAUGUCAGAAAAAAAUUAAUCACAUAGCCCGAUUUGUGGACCUUCCAUUCAUGACUUCCAAUGACAAGAUUCCACCUCUUCUUGUUGUAAAUGUUCAGAUACCCUUACAUCCGGCAACAAUCUUUCAGAAUGAAAUUGAUGGAGAAGGGAUGAGCUUUGUUUUAUAUUUUAGAAUUUCGGAUAGUUAUUCAAAAGAACUGCCACUUCAUUUUCAGGAUAGUUUCAAGAAGCUAAUUGCUGAUGAAGUAGAAAAGGUUAGAGGAUUUGCUCUGGACACGAUAUUACCCUUUCGAGAAAGAUUAAAGAUUCUAGGGCGUGUGGUAAAUAUUGAGGAACUCCAUCUAAGUGCUGCAGAAAGAAAGCUAAUGCAUGCUUACAAUGAAAAGCCUGUCCUUUCACGACCUCAGCAUGAGUUUUACCUGGGUUCAAAUUAUUUUGAGAUAGACUUGGAUAUGCAUAGGUUCAGUUAUAUUUCUCGGAAAGGGUUUGAAGCCUUUCAAGACAGACUGAAGCUGUGUGUGCUAGAUAUUGGCUUGACGAUUCAGGGCAACAAAGCUGAGGAAUUGCCGGAGCAGAUACUGUGUUGCGUAAGGUUGAGCAAAAUUGAUUACACCCAAUAUGCUCAAUUAGGAACAGUUAACCCCUGAAAUUAGGGGUCCAAAAAAGGAAAAACCAAAGAGAAAGGUGGCAGAGAUGUACGCCUGCUCCAUCAAUAAUAAGAAAUAUCUUUGCUCUGCAUCAUUUAUCUAUCAAAAUUUAUUCGUCAAACA